AUGAGCUCAUCCAAGAAGCGGCCAGCCAGCUCAGAAACGGUUGGAUGUGAACGAGCAGCACGUGGAGUGUGGCUGGUUAAAGUACCUAGGUAUCUGUCUGAGAUUUGGCAGAAGAAUCAGGGAAAGACGGUGGGAUCGUUGAUUACAAGCCAGCCGGUUGUCUUCAGAUCAAACCCAGAUUUAGUAACUUCUGACACCAAAAAGCCGGUUGUCACUAAUGUUGUGCAAAGCACGAGUCGAGGAGCGUUGGGGGAUACACUACAGCCUUUAGGAAAGAAGAAGGAGAAUCUGGAGAUGCCCAAAGAACACAGAUUCUUGAUGAAGAAUCUGGACAAUCAGACGAUGGCAGUGCUGGUGGAGGACAAGUCAGCGUUGGAAGAAGACGCUGAUCAGAUUAGUGGCAAAUUGACUGUAGAAGGACGGGUAAGGCUGCUUAUGAUUGAGAAGUUUGUAAAGAUGGGUAACUUUAAGAUUGGGAGUGCGUAGUGAUGGAUAAUAUAAUAGCGGUGAUAACUUUUAUGUAUCCAUUAAAUAUUAAUGUGAUACUUUAUUUAUAAUGCUAUGUUUAGGUAGUAAAACGAGCAGAAUGUCAACCUCCAGCUACGGUGGAUUACAUGAGGAUGAAGAUCAAGCAGAUUCAGAAGAUCAGUCAACCCAAGCAUACUGUAAAGCAGAUGGACAAGGCCGUUGUCAAGUUCAAACCGACCUCGUAUCAUCAAGAACACAUGGCCAAAGACCGGGCCAAGAAGGAUAAUGUCAGAUCGGUCAGAGUGGAAAGAGAUAUUGUACUUAAGGAGUUGUUCCAGGCCUUUGAAAAACAUCAGUAUUACCGGUAAGGUUUGGAAAUUGGUCGAAAAGUAUGCGGAAAAACUGUUUUACGGCUAUUUUUAUCAUAUUUUUGGAUUUUUCUUUUUACUUUUUGACCGGAAGAAUUUUUGUUAAUUUUUUAAACCUUUUUGUUAUGGGUAUUUACUGUAUUCCGUUAUACACAGUGUUUUGCCGGACCCGUCCGGUCCGGACCUCGGUCCGGACCGGACCGAAAAUUUUCCGGACCGGACCGAAAAAAAAGUUCCGGACCGGUCCUGAAAAAAAAAUUUUUUUUAUUUUUAUAAAAUUGUUCUAAAAAUUGCAAAUAAAACAUAUUUUUAAGAGUUUUUCAACGUAAAGAAAGCAGUUUGAGCGCUCCUGGCUUUUUUUAAAAAUAAAAAAAAAUUUUCCGGACUGGACCGGACCUGAGCGAAAAAAAUAGAGUCGGACCGGACCGAAAAUUUUUCGGACCGGACCGGACCGAAAAAAUUCUCAACCGGACCGGUCCGGCAAAACACUGGUUAUACAUAACACAAUAAGAUAUUACAUUAUUAUGUCUUAUUCAUGUUCCCUAGACACUUACUGUAAUAUGUGAUAUGUUGUUGUCCAAAACAAGUAAUACGAUUUGUAUUUUAGAUUGUCGGAUCUCCAAAGAAUCACUCAACAGCCCGCAAAUUACAUUAAAGAGAUCCUAGUCACCAUAGCCAACUACAACAGCACCCAACCUCACAAGAAUAUGUGGGAAUUGAAGCCCGAGUACAGGGAUUACGGUAACAAGAAGGAGGGUGAGGACGAGGAUGAAGAUAUGGAUGCUGAUGGGGAGGACGACUAA